CUAUAUUCUCACUACACACUCAUCUCUCUUCCUUUCAAUCACCUCUUCAAAACAGAUAUCCUACCUUAUAUAUUUCCAACUUCUAACUUCCAACUCCACCAUGUCAUCCGAACCCUCAAACACAGCCAUAAUCCUCAUCCCAGGAUCCUUCUCCCCACCCUCAUUCUUCCACAAAAUCGUCCCUCUCCUCUCCUCCCGCGGCUACCUCCCUCUCCCCACCGCCCUCCAAUCAGCCGGCUCGCGUCCCCAAGGCCCCGCCACAUUCGCCGACGACGUCGCCUACAUCAAAUCCACCAUCCAAAAGCUAGUCGAUGAAGGAAAAGACGUCGUUCUAGCAAUGAACUCCUACGGCGGCUUCCCAGGAACAGAAGCCACGCAAAGCCUAAGCAAGAAAGAGAGACAAAGCCAAGGUCUGAAAGGAGGUGUAAUCGCUUUAGUCUACCUCGCAAGUUUCCUACCAGGCGUAGGCGAGAGUCUGCGCGAGAACAUGGGAGACGAUCUCCCGGACUCGAUCAAGAAUGCCGGGGACUACAUGACGAUGAACUACGAGGAGGAUUGGAAGAACAUCUUCAACGAUCUGCCGGAGGAGCAGGCGCGGUAUUAUAUGAAUCAGAUGCCGGUUCAUUCCACUGUUAGUUUGUCGGGAAAGUUUUCGUAUCCGGGAUAUUUGUAUAUUCCGACGACGUACUUUUUGACGGAGAAGGACAAGAUCAUAUCGCCGGAGAAUCAGGAGGCGAUGGUUGAGAAGGUGAGGGGGUUGGGGGGUGAGGUGAGGGUUGUGAGGUCAAAGGCCGGGCAUGUGCCGAUGUUGAGUGCUCCGGAGGAGGUUGUCGAGGUUAUUGUCGGAGCUGCUAAGGGGCAAUAG